AUGGCAGAUGGGGGUAUUGUCGUGCCGUUAGUGGGCGCCUUACAGGCCUGCGUCUCCGUUCUGCUGACCAUGAGCUACGGAGUCGCAGCGCAAAGGUUACGAUUGAUUCAAGAGUCCUCGAUCAAUGAUAUGGCCGGAUUGGGAGUCAAGCUGUUUCUCCCAGCUUUAAUCAUUAUCAAUCUAGGCGAACAGCUACAAUUAGGAAACGCGCUGAACUACAUCCCCGUUCUCAUUUGGUCCAUUCUUUACACGUGUGCCUCGGUCGGCCUGGCAUAUUUUGUCUCUAAGGGAUUGAAGCUUCCGCCUUGGGUGACGCCUGCCUGCGCAUUUAACAACACGACCUCUCUGCCGCUCCUCUUGCUGCAAUCGCUGGAAAGCGUGGGGAGUCUGAAACCGAUUAUUAAAGACGGCGAUACCGAGUCUAAAGCCAUCUCUCGUGCCCAGAGUUACUUUCUUCUCUGCGCUGUAGUCAGUAAAACGAUCGGUUACGCCGUUGGUCCCAAGCUACUUCAGGAUGGCAACGAGUCCACCAAUACAGAGGAUCAAGAAGCGGACGGCACAGAUCCUGAAACCCAAAAUGGCACCACUGAGCACGGCCAGGUCGACGAGGAGACAUCCCUUCUUCCACAGCGGGCUAUCCGGCACGGAGCCCAACGCAUUUCAUCUAUGUUACCCAAGCGUAUCCGACAGAGGCUCAUGGCCCCGUUUGAGUCCCCAUUUGCCGAUGUGGCGAUCGGAUGCACUAUUAUCGGUGUGAUCUUGGGUCUUGUGCCGCAGCUACAUAAAGCGUUCUUCAAUAAAUACGAGGACGGCGGGAUUUUCAACGCUUGGCUGACGUCGAGUGUCAAGAACAUUGGCAAGUUGUUCACGACGCUCCAGAUCUUUGUGGUGGGGUGUAAGCUGGGUGUCAGCUUUGAGAAGAUGAAAACUAGUGGUGAUUCGGGGCGAAUGCCUUUGAAGGCGAUUGGGACAAUCUUUCUCGUUCGUUUGGUGAUAUGGCCUGCACUCAGCAUCUCUAUUGUUUAUGGCUUGGCUAAGAAGACCAAUAUUGUGUUAACUGAUCCUAUUCUCUGGUUUAGUUUGAUGCUCAUGCCGGCUGGACCUCCGGCGUUGGUCAUAUCCGGGCUGGCCGAGUUGGCUCGGAUUUCAGAGCUGGAGAAGAUGGCUAUUGCCAAAUCGUUAACUGCAAUGUACGUGUUGUCGCCAUUUAUAUGCUUCAGCAUCACCGGCGCUCUGAAAGCGUCUCAAGCGGCACUGGAGCAGAGGAACUCUACAUGA